AUGGAUACCGUCCACCCUGCCUACCAACAAGACCCUCUCGGCGACGAUAUGCAAGCCUACGAUGCCUACCCACCCGCGCCUGACGUGAAUUUCAUGUGUAAAGACCCUUCCGGCAUGAAUACCUAUGGUGCGCUAUAUCAAUCUCAUUGGGGACAAUGGUGGUCUCCUACUGAAGAUGCUUCCUUUGCCGAAGCAAUCAACAUGACCCCCCCCCCCAUGUCUUCGCACGACAAGAGCCCCAGUACAACAACACCUACGAUCCAGAAAUCUCUACGCGGUGGGACUCUCCUGUUUCCUUCACCCACAGCUAUCCUUUUCUAUCACCAGUCACCGACCCUAACAGCAUAG